CAGCGUCUACCCAAGAGGCAGCUCGCGUGGUUAAAUACUCUGCCCUCGGUGAGGCGCUCAUUCCGCGCUGGAGAGCUCUGUGGGAUCUGUUGUUUUUUCGGCGGUCACCUAGUAUUUUCGCGCUGCUGCCAUUCCUCUUCUCCGAGCCCCAGUCAGGGGCUUUCCUCUCGGGACUGACUGCCCUUCUGUGUCAGAGAAAUCGUGCUCCAUUCCGUUAUUGUCUCAACUAGGAUAAGAGCCCUGAGGAGAAACGUUGAGUUAGAUGCGUGAUUUUCCAAGUGAUUCUGCAGCUUGAUGGAUGACGACACCCCUUUUCAACAAAAACAUAAUUCAAAAAUGGCGGAACUCUUCAUGGAAUGUGAAGAAGAAGAGCUGGAACCAUGGCAGAAAAAAGUAGAAGAAACGCAGGUUGAAGAUGAUGAUGAUGAGCUAAUCUUUGUUGGAGAAAUAUCAAGUUCAAAACCAGCCAUUUCAAAUAUUUUGAACAGAAGUAACACCAGUUCAUCUUCAAAGGGAAUAAAGAAUGAGCAACUUGGUCCAGGUGUUCCUGAUAUAUUCAAGCCUGAAAGUCAGCAUUACAAAGACCCAACAUCAAAUCCAGUGGCUGGCUUGCCUAGAUUUCAUUCUGAAUCUAAGUCUUCACAAAGUUCUUCUAUUGUUCAGAAUAUAUCUAAAUCUGGCUUUUCAAAGAAUUCAUCACAAGUUCAAUCGGAUAAUUCUUCAGUCUUACUGUUUGAUUCAUCCCAGGGUACAGUACCACUGUCCACAGGUGUGGAUCAGACCUCAUUUGGAUUAAAACGUCCUUCUACUUCUAAAAUAAGCAGUGUUAAUCCAAAAAAGCCGAAGACCAGUGAACGUGUUUCUGAAAUAAAUCCCUUCUUUUCAUCUUCCAAGACAUCUUCCAAGGUUAUGGUAUCACCAGGUUUAAAUAUUUCAUCCACUGAACUGAAAACCGAAGAGCCUUUCCUAAGAUCUUGUCCAAAGUGCAAUAUUCAGUUCAAUAUUUUGGAUCCUUUGAAAUACCACAUGAAGCGCUGUUGUCCAGACAUGUUAAAUAACUUUCUGGAAGCUAUUAAGAGAGAAUUUUCAUCUGCUAAAGACACAACAAAUGCUGGUUCUGAGAAAGAAAAGUUGAUCAUGUUAGUUAGUGACUUUUAUUAUGGAAAGCAUGAAGGAGCCAUGGAGGAAGAACCGAAGACUUACACAACCUUUAAAUGCUUCAGUUGCUUGAAAGUUCUUAAAAAUAACAUUAGGUUCAUGAACCACAUGAAACACCACUUGGAACUUGAAAAGCAGAAUACUGAGAGCUGGGAAAACCAUACCACCUGCCAGCACUGCUACCGGCAGUAUCCCACGCCCUUCCAGCUGCAGUGCCACAUCGAGAGUACACAUACUCCUCAUGAGUUUUCCACUAUUUGCAAAAUCUGUGAAUUGUCAUUUGAAACAGAGCAUAUUCUUUUGCAACACAUGAAGGACACUCAUAAACCUGGUGAAAUGCCCUAUAUUUGCCAGGUUUGCCAGUUUAGAUCAUCAACCUUUUCUGAUGUGGAAACUCAUUUUAGAACAUCCCAUGAAAAUACUAAGAACUUGCUGUGUCCAUUUUGCCUCAAAGUUAGUAAAAUGGCAACACCCUACAUGAAUCAUUACUUGAAGCAUCAGAAAAAGGGAAUUCAUCGCUGUUCAAAAUGCAGAUUACAAUUUUUGACCUGCAAGGAGAAAACUGAUCACAAGGUACAACAUCGUACAUUUAUAAGGCCUAAAGAACUAGAAGGAUUACCUCCUGGAACAAAAGUUACUAUUCGAGCCUCAUUUGGACCACCUCAGUCAAAACCACCAAGUACACCUUCCAGUUGUGCUCCAAGCUCCUCUUCUCUUCAAGUCUUAUCUCCAGAAUCUAAAAAUACAACUGCCAGAAAUGUCACAAAAUCUUAUGCAAGCAGAUCUAAGACAACUAAGCCUCAGGCAACUGUGUCCACUGCAAAUAAACCCAGUACAAGUAAACCAAGUGGAGGUACAGCUAAAUGCAAAGGAAAACUGUCUUGCAAACCAAAGAGACAGCGCAACAGAAAAAGUAAACUCAACACAGCUUUGAAGAAUUUAAGGUGUCAUCGGGGAAUUUACAAAUGUAUUGAGUGUCGUUCCAAAAUUAAAGAUUUUGCAAACCACUUUUCUAUAUUUAUCAACUGUAAUUUUUGCAAAUACAACACUAACUGUAACAAAGCCUUUGUAAAUCAUAUGAUGAGCUCUCAUACCACCCAUCCAAGUAAUCGGUUUUAUAUUUUUAAGAAGCAUUCAAGAGCUUUCAGGGGCAUUACUGUAGUGUGCCUUAAGUGUGAUUUCCUAGCUCAUUCUGCUGGCCUAGACCUCAUGGCUAAACACUUAAGUCAACGUAAAACUCAUACCUGCCAAGUUGUAAUAGAGAAUGUUUCCGAAAGUACCUCAACUUCUGAACCCACUUCUGACUGCUUGUUGAAAUAGAUUCCAGCUCUAUGGAGCUCGUGCAACCUGGUGCAAGACAAGUUGGAAUUUCCUAAGUUCAAAGUUCUGACGUGUUCUCUUACAAAGGCAGUUUCCUAAGUUCAAAGUUCUGAAGUGUUUUCUCACAUGAAGGUGGUUAACAAAGUUCAUGACACUAGCUCUCAUUCAACUCUUUUAGCUUUCAGAUGGCACUAGAUUCUUAUUCCACCUUAUCUUUGUGUCAGGUUAACAUAUCUUAACAUGUUUUUUUUUCUCCAGUUGGCUCUCUCCAAAAAUACCUUUUGUUGAUAUGAUCUUUUCUUGCUUUGCUUAAGAUAAUUUUCCUCUGCUGUAUUUUCUUGCCUUCAGACUAUUACAUUCCAAAUGACAUGGCUGUUCAUCUGUUUUUGUCUGCUUUGUCUGCUUUCUUAAUUUCUUAUAAGUCUUACAUUUUUAAGUCAGAUAGCUGUUUUUCCCCUCAUUCCUUGUCUGUCAUUGUUCUAUCUUUCAUAUUUUUCAGAUGCAGAAGCAACUCAGAAAUUUCAAAAAAUGUCCAGUGUACUCCUGGACAGUGUCCCCCUUCGAUGGACACAACUGAUGCCUGUUCUCUUUCCAAGGAAUGUGAAUUAUUUGACUGUGAGACCUCUUCUAGUUUGUGGCCUUAAGAAAUCAGAUCUUGGGGAGAGUCCUUUGCUAUAUGACUGGCCUCCCAUAAGGCUGAUGCUGAUUUGGCCAGAAAUGACCUCAAGGCCCACCAAAUUAAGCACAACUUACUUCUUCCUGGGGCUUUGGUUCUUGAUCUUAAGCUUAUGGGUUGAUUCUAACCAAGAAAAGCCCAUCGAAUCAGUGCUUCAACGGCUAAGUUGAAGUUUAAUCUUUUUGACUGCUUCCCUUUAAUCUUCCUCUAGUAUGGAUUCAGUCUAAGAAGUUUAAAAAUUCUGAUUAUGUAGGAUACCAAGAUUACUUUCAUGUUCUUGGAAAAACAAACUUUCUAAAAUUAUAGUUCCAAACUAAUAGUUAUUUGUGUUGUCAUUUAAAGUUUUAUCCAGUACUCUAGAAGUUUUUAGUAAUACUAAUUAGAUUUU